AUGGCUACUGCGCUGCGCCGUCGCCAGCUCAAAGAUAAACUGAAGCUUCAUGGCAACGACGAAGAGCAUGAAGAGGCCAACUCGUGGUCGAACAGGGAUCUCAUCCCACUCCCGCCGUCUCGGAGAACGUGGGGUUGGUUCCAUUUCUUCGGUUACUGGACCAUCAACAGUCUGAACGUCUCCAAUUGGCAGAGCCCCAACACUUUCCUGACCUAUGGCUUGUCUGUUCCCCAGUCUUUGUGUGUCAUCGUCGUUGGAAGGGCCCUGAUCUGCUUCUUCUCCACCUUGGUGGCUUGGUGCGGCCUGAGGUGGCACAUCGGCUUUACAAUCCAAAACAGAUACACCUGGGGCUUGCGUGGAAGCUACAUCCCGCUUCUCCAACGUAUCCUGCUGAACUUCAUCUGGUGUGCUGUUCAGUGCUGGAACGGAGGGAGGCUGACUGCUGUUUGCAUCGCCGCCAUCUGGCCCUCGUUUGCUGCAAUGCACAACACUCUGCCCUCGUCCAUGCCUACAACCACCUACCAGUUCGUCGGCUUCAUCGUGUUUUGGUGUCUCUCCUUCCCCUUCCUGCUCGUGCGUCCAGAGCGCUUCAAGCUGCCCUUCCAGAUCACUUCCAUCUACUGCGGCCUCGGAAUGAUCUGCAUGCUCAUCUGGUCUCUGUCUGCCGCCAAGGGCGUCGGCCCCCUCUGGAGCCAGGGACAAACCAUUCCUGCCGCCUCAUCCUGGAACACUUCGUGGCUCAUGAUGCGAGGCAUCAACCAGAUGAUCGGAGGCAUCGCCGCCGGCAUCACCAACGGCUCCGACUUCUCCCGCUACGCCCGCGGCCCGAAGCACUACGUCGCCGGCACCAUCACAUCCGCCUGGAUCACCGGCACGCUCGUCAGCCUCGUCGGCCUCGUCGUCACGAGCGCCUGCCAAAAGCUCUACGGCGAAGUCUUCUGGAACCCUCCCGACCUCCUCAUGCGCAUGAUGGACUCCGGCCACGGCUCCAGCAAGGCGCGCGCCGGCGUCUUCUUCCUGGCCGCCGGCUUCGCGCUGACGGGCAUGUUCGAGAACGUGUGCGGCAACGCCGUCGCGGGCGGCAUCGACCUCGCGGGCUUGUUUCCGCGCUACGUCGACAUCCGCCGCGGCGCCAUCGUCACGUUCGUUGCCGUGUGGGUCGUCCAGCCGUGGCAGCUCAUCAACAAAGCCGCCACCUUCGUCUCCGUCCUCAGCUCCUUCUCCGUCUUCCUCUCGCCCAUCAUGGGCGUCAUGGUGUCCGACUUCUACCUCCUGCGCCGCGGCCGCGUCAAGCUCACACACUUGUACCGCACACGCGAUACCGAUUACUGGUUCACCAAGGGCUUCAACUGGCGUGUGCUCCCGUGCUGGCUGGCCGGCUGGGCUCCUACGGUCGGUGGCUUGGUCGUGACCGUGCAGGAGAAGGAGGAUGCCCCGAGAGCGUUGUAUGAACUGUACUACAUGGCAUUCCUGAUCGGCUUCUUCAUCAGUGGUACCCUUUUCUUCGUUCUGAACAAGAUCUUCCCGUACCCAGGAUGCGGCGAGUACGAUGAGGUCGAUGUUUACGGCACCUUCACGCCAAAGGAAGCCGCUGCAUUGAGCGUCAUCUCAACAACGGAGGGACUGGAAGAGAUCCAGGGGCGUAGUCCGCAAGUGGAGAAGGAACCAAGGGAGACAGUGACCAGCAAAGAGUGA